AAAGGUCAGUUUCGCCGCUUCCUUUUUCACUCUUUAAAAAAAAAUCGAGAAAAUGAAACUUUGGGAAGAACUGGACGUCGGCAGUAGAUUAGCCCUCGGCUUGUAUGGAUUCAUCACCGUGGCUCUCGGGGCAGCAGUGGUGACCUAUUUCCAGAAAUCUAAAGCUCGUUUCAAUCUAAACCUCUUCACUUGUAAGCCGCUGCUGUGGUUGUUUAUCGGCUUCGCCCUGUCUCUCAGUUACCGACCGCUAGACGCGGGGCUUGUAUUUUUCACCCUAUACUGUUAUCUGGUUUACUGGUCCAUCCGUUCCAAUGCAAUUCUUUCACCUGAAGGAAAGGCCGUCCUUAUUACUGGUUGUGAUUCGGGCUUUGGUCACGCUUUGGCCAAGCGCCUGCAUUCUCUUGGCUUUCAUGUGUUUGCAAUGGUGCUCCAUGAAGAAGGAGAUGGAGCAAAAGUGCUCAAGUCAUUCCGUUCUGAUCGACUCACUGUAAUUCAAAUGGAUGUUACAAAUUUGACAACCGUCCAAGAAGUCGAGAAAGAAAUUGAGAAGCAGUUGGAAAACAAGGGACUCUACGCUUUAGUUAACAAUGCUGGCAUUAUACCUUGCAUUGGUGAUACCGAAAUCAUCCCGACAGAUGCUUUUAAGCGAUGCAUGGAAGUCAAUUUCUUUGGAGCAAUUGAAGUUACUAAAACAUUUCUACCUCUAAUUCGUCGAGCAAAAGGGAGGAUAAUUAAUAUUUCUAGUCCAUCAGGGGAACUACCAUUUGGAAGAAUGUCACCAUAUGGAACAUCCAAAGCAGCACUGGAGUUUUUUUCAGAUAUUCUACGUCAAGAAAUGAAACCAUGGGGAGUACAAGUAUCCAUCAUCCAACCAGGUGCCACCAAGACAGGUCAAGUUGGGAAUGUUGAAUUUUGGGAGAAACAAUAUGGGAAACUUGUGGACAACCUCUCACCAGCUCUUCUGCACGAUUACGGGGAGGAUUAUUUUGCUGAGUUAAAGCAAACAAUUAACACGUUAGGUCCUUUAUUCCGACAGCACAUGGAGCCAGUAAUUGACAUAAUUGUCACCGCUCUAUUAGUACAACAUCCAAAGUUUCGGUACACCACUGAGUAUAUCAUCGAUGUGUUAAAAAUCCUUUAUUAUUUCCUGCCUUCCUUCAUGAGCGACGUUGUUCUUAAUGAGAUUUUUGUUGCACACAAACUUCUUCCGAAAGGUGUGCGACAGAGCAGUGCCAACCAGUAGGAAUCUAACUUUGGACAACUGCUUAUUGCUAUGGUUUCAUGUUACUAAUUAAUUAUCAGUACUUUUACAUGCAAUAUGAGUAUUUGAUGCUGAGCUGAAUGUUAAUGUAAAUAACUGUGGGUGGUAGGUAUUGUAAGUCUAUGUCAGAAUAUGUGCAAGACAAGGCCAUAAUGUUUCCACUAGCAGGAGAGUCCAGGACCAGAGAGCAUAGCCUUGGAAUUAAAGGACGUUCCUUUAGGAAGGAGAUGAGGAGGAAUUUCUUUCGUCAGAGGGUGGUGAACCUGUGGAAUUCAUUGCUACAGAAGGCUGUGGAGGCCAAGUCAAUUAAUAUUUUUAAGGCAGGGAUAGAUAGAUACAUUAUUGAUCAGUAAGUGUGUCAGGAGAUAUGGGGAGAAGGCAGAAGAAUGGGUUUAGGAAGGAGAGAUAGAUCAGCCAUACGUGCGUAAUAGGUGAAACAGAUAAGGAGGAAAAAGAAAGAUCCAGAAGGGGGAGGAAGAUGGUGAGGCUGGACACAGCUGCCGGAGGGCGACAAGCUGGGAUACAAAAGCUAUAGCAAAGCAGCUGUGCAGUGCUGUUUCCUCGCAGCACCAGAGGCCCUGGUUCAAUCACGACCCCGGGUGCCGUUUGUGUAGAGUUUGCACAUUCUCCCUGUGACUGCGUGGGUUUCCUCUGGGUGAUCCGGUUUCCUCCCACAUCCCAAAGAUGUGCGGGUUUGUAGGUUAAUUGACCCCGGUAAAUUGCUCCUAACGCGUAUGGAAAAGAUGCAAAAGUGUGAUAACAAGUGUGAUAAGUGUGAGCGAGUGAUCACUAGUUGGCGCCGACUCGGUGGGCCGAAGGGCUCGUUUCCACACUGUAUCUCUAAAGUCUAAAGUUAAAUGGAAGUUUUCUGGAGAUUCAUGAUAAUGACAUUGACAAUUCAUGAGAAUCCUAGGUAUAAGAGAUUGCGAUUUUUUGGUGAUUUGGAUUUUCUGGGGCUCUCAGUAUCCGUCAGACAGCAACGAACCAUAGGUUGUGCCACAUGGCUCCGUAGUUACACAGCUGGGAUAUUCCGGGGAUUUCUUUGGUCACGGACCAGGGUUUACUUCUGAUCCCUGUGGUUCUGACAUGUGAACAGUUGCUGCAAUAAUAUUGUGAGCAGGAAAGCCAGACCUUUAAGCACCCACUUUACUUUUCUCAUCAGUGAUCUCCAGUGGAAUAAUAGCUACAGUGAGCUGACCGGGUUGCAUUGGUAACUUUGGAACCGAGAUUGCUGGAGGUGUGAGAGGAGCCCACAAGGACAUGGAUCUUUGCUGGAUAGGUCUGGUUUUGCAGUUGUAAUGAGCCAGAGGGUACCCCAGUCAUGCCACACCACCAUAAUGCAAAUGAACCAAGAUCUUCAAAGGAGUGCGAGGCACCCUUACAAUCUGCUAGUGACUACAUGUACAGUUCUCUUGAGGUUAAUCCUUUUCUUUGCUAAACAUAAAAGACGAAAUCCAGGAAAUAUAAACCACUGAAACUAUUUUCUCUCGGAAAUAUACUUUUGGAUGAUUUGACGUGCAGAUUGACCUUGGUUUCUCUCCUGUGCUUUGAUCGUUGGCUCCUGCCUUGCACCAUGAACCGGCCUUUCCUGCAGGCCUCUCAGUAAAAAUAAACAGGGAUACAAAUCAACUUGUACAUGAAUCUUGCUUUGUGGUAAUGACUUAGUCUCACUCGAAAGCAACCCUUUGAAAGUAUCCUUUCAUGCCAUAUGUGAUUAGAAUCAAGUUGGCUGCAUUGUACAACAUGUUUAUUGACACAACAUUCAAUAUGUUCAGUUUUAGAAGAAAAAUAGACAGAUAUUCAAAGGCUAAGUGUAAAUGCUUGGAGAAUUCUCUUAACUUUGUCAACUCCUUUGUUUUACAAUUUGAUGUGUGCAGACAGCUUUUUAGUUGGAGAAGCAAGCUCAUGAGCCGCAAAGUACAUGCUGUUUUGUGAAUUUAUCUGUAACCCAUUGAACUCGCAGCAGAAGUGAGGCAGAUGAGUUGAGGCAAAUACAGAAGUUAAAUAGAGCGAGUUCAGUAGACGGAACAGGAAGAGCACGGCAGGGAAUGAUGGUUUAAACUUCAUUUAUUUCAAUGACAGGCAGAUGAGGUCAGGGCAUGGAAUGGAAUGUAGUACAAGGAUAUUAAAGCUAUUACAGAAACAUUACUGAAGGAGGGAUAGAACUGAAGGCUUCAUGUUCCAGGGUACAAAGGCUGCGGGAGGGAUAGAUGUGAAGGUUAGACGUGGGCGGCACGGUGGAGCAGCGGUAGAGUUGCUGCCUUACAAUUAAACUACAAACCUGUACGUCUUUGGAGUGUGGGAGGAAAUUGGAGAGCCCAGAGAAAACCCAUGCAGGUCACGGGGAGAACGUACUAACUCCGUACAGAGAAGCACCCAUAGUCAGGAUCGAACACUCGGGUCUCUGGCACUUUGCCUUGUGUAAUUUAUGUGUGAUUUAUGUUUGUGUAUGUUGUCUAAGUCUAGGUGCCUUUGAUGCUGCUGUAAUGUACUUGUGCCUCAACGUAAUUGUGCAAAUGACAAUAAACUUGACGACUGUAAUGCUCAAUGACUACUAAAUAAAAUUAAUGCAAUUUAUCGUCUGAAAA